AUUUUGCAACUAUUUAAUUUCAUAUCAUCAGAUGUCUUGAGGUUUUCGUAAAUAUUUACGAAAGUUAUUGGUGAUAAAUUAUUACCAAGUUUUUAUCCUUCACAAAAGAAGUUAAGCUUCAUUAAGAAACAUUGGGGGGAAGAAAAAAUGAAAUUUUAUCAAUAAAAUUCAAUUUUACAGAAAUUACGGAUUUUGCAAAGUUAUUAAGGACUGCGCGCAUUGCGUCGGAUACUCAGUAGGGAUCAACAUUUGACCUGACAUGACCUCACUAAUCAUGGAAACGUGCACAUUUUGCGGAGGUCAUGACCCCUGCGUCGUCCCUUCCCCGGAAAACGGGGCGCUUUCGUCCUACUCAGCCUCCUGCGUGACCUCUCUGCUCACCGUGUUCCACAUCGACGCCGCGGACCCCGUCGCCGCGCACCUCGCCACGGCCGCGCUCACCUGCGCGGACUGUCUCCAACUCACGCGCGACAUCGACUUCGAGUUAAGAUCGCUGCUCAAAUUCCUCAAAAAUCUAGACCUUCUUCGAUCCCGGUUGGCCAGGAGGGUCAAACGCGCCGCGGCCGCGGAUGCGACGACAAAUUCUACAUUUUCUGCGACCCGUGACCUCAACCAAAGAAUUCAGCAAGAAAUCCCCCUCGUUAACCAGGCUUUUGAAACGUUGUCUAAUUUACUCCGGAUUCGAAAACACGGAAACAACAAUAACGAGCUUCACAACAAGGCGAUCAAGAACUCGGAGGAAAUUUGUAAACAGGAAAUGCUCAUCAAGGACAAAGCCUUAUCCGACCAGGAAUCCGAGUCGAAUUUCGCAAACGAAAUAGUUUUAGAAGUUUGCGAUGGCGACGAUGACGCCAUGGACAUGGACAUGGACACCUUUGCCAUUGAUCCUGUCGACCAGGAUGACUCGGAUUCUUCCGAUUAUUCGCCCUCCUCCCCCGAUUCGGAAGAUUCCUCCCAAGAAAAAUACGAUUAUCCGCCCAAUUCCGCCCCCGCCGAAAAAAGGGACUGCGACGACGCCAAUCCUCCAAGCAUUUGAAAGAACACGUGGAGAGAGUUCAUCCAGGCGUUAAAGAGAAAAUUCGGGUCGAUCUGGAAAAUGCCCCGAAAAAAGAACGGAUCCCUUGUCCCGUGGAAACUUGCGAAAAAUCCUACUCGCGAAAUCAAACGAUGGUCGAACACUUUAAAAUUGCACAUUCCGAUCUCCCCUUGCCCCCCAAGUAUGCACCACGAUCCAGAAAUCGGGGGGAAUUAGACCCCUUGGGGGAUGAAUGGUUCCCUUGUCCGGUGGAAAAUUGUGGGAAAUCGUACGCGAGAAAUCAAACGAUGGUCGAACACAUGAAAAUUGCACAUCCCGAGGUCUCCUUGCCCCCAAGUUAUGCCCCAAGGAGGAAACGAAUUCGGGGAAACGCCCGACAAAAAAGAUCGGAUCUUGUCCCCAAAAAACGGAUCCCUUGUCCCGUGGAGGACUGUGAUAAGUCGUACACCCGAAAUGAAAAGCUGAUCUACCACGUGACCAGGGCACAUCCCGAAGCCCCCGUGCCCCCAAGGAAGAAGAGACUAAACCCGGGGGUUAAAGAAGAGGUUAAAGAAAAACGGAUCCGAAUUAUUAGGAAGAAGAUUGUGAGGAGGAAACCGUGCCCCGUUUGUGGAAAGGAGAUCAGUUCGACGAGUUUAAGCGAGCACUUGAGAGCACAUGCGGGCGAGAGAAACCACCUCUGCACGAAAUGCGGAAAACUGUUCCGAACGGCACGAAGCCUGCGCCUGCACGACGCCUCCGUCCACAUUAAGGAACGAAACUUGAUCUGUGCCAUUUGUGGAGUGUCCUUCAUCCGGAAGCAGGUUCUCGAUAAGCACGUGGCUUCGAUUCACGAGCGCCCGGCCGACCUCCGAUUUUCCUGCGACACGUGCGGAAAGACUUAUCGGCACGAGAAAAAUUUAAAGGAACAUUUGCCCAUGCACACCGGCAAAGAUUUGGAGUGUCCGAUAUGUUCGAAAGUCUUUAACCGGAAGCAAAAUGUGAGGCUCCAUUUGAGAAGGGUGCACCGAGGGGAGAAGCUUAUCAGGAAAAAGAGAAAGCCGAGGGGGACAAAAGAGGACCAGGAUGUGGAGGAGGAGAGUGCUUAUCAUCUGGGCGAACCUUAUCAAAACGUUAGUCAUGAUUUCAAACCGUUGUAUGCCGGAGGGUUGCAAUAAUCACGGAUUAUUAAUCAGCUAAAUAAAUAAUCAAGUAAUUUUUUAAAUUAUAGUUUGACUUGGAUGAAAAGUUAGGGUAUGAAUAAAUGUAAAUUUACAUACCUAUUAUUUUCAAUAAAUAAUUACGUACAUACAUAUUUUAUGUAAGCUUGAAAUCCUAUUUUUUCAACAAAGGAAUUACAAAAAUAAAUGAGACAUGACAUUAAAUCAG